AUAUUGUAUCUUUUCAACAAGGAUAUGCUCUCUCAUUUCAAAUCUGCUUGGAUGGACUCUGAUCCACCUUGGCUGAUCCAUUUUACCAUGAACUCAUUACCUGCACUCGACUUGAUAUGGACAGAGAUGGAACUCCAGCUCCCUCCAUUCUCGAAGCUCCCCUCUCUCCUAUCCUGCUUUACCGCUUUUUAUUUGGAGUCGAUUUCCAACGAUUUCCUACUCAACUACUCUACCCUAUCGUUGCCAUGA